CCUACUCGCGAUAACUUGGCCCGGAGAAAAGCUCGCGAUUCAGCUCUGGAUCGAAACGAAACUGCGUCGCGUUCGCAUUACAAAGCAAGUAAAUAACUGCAAAAUUUAAAAUAACACACGAACUGGCCAGCGCCCAUCUGCCACAGAGGAUAUAUCGACCGAUCCUCCCUGCCAACACCAUAUAUGUAUAGUAAAGCCGAACAUCCAACGACCAUCGGCACGUCCAUUCAACCGUUGAGCGAAACCCACGCAAAACGACACAAAAUCUCAAACACAAAUCGUGAUAAAUUUUUCGCUAAAUUGUGCAAACGUUUUUCGACUAAUUAAAAUUUGACGUGCAUACCAAAACUCCAACUUCGACAGCCUCUAGAGCGAGCAAUAUAAAUUGCAAAUAAGCAAUCAUUCGCGACGACACUUGGCAAGUGAAAUAAUAAUAAAAAUAAUAAUAACAACAACAGAGGGGGAACAACAAAAGCGGCAAAAACGAGCCCACAUCAAAUAGAAAACAAACGUAAUUAGAACUGCGCAAAUUACUUGGAACUGCAAAAUCGUUUGCUCUCCCCCACACAAACGCACGAGGAAUGCUGUUUUGAGCUGAAAACCAUUUAAUUGCCUAUUAUAAAUGGAAAAUGCGCAGAGUUCGAACAGUUCGAUGAGACUGUCGCACAAAGAGUUUACUUAGGGUUGCGAUUCUUCCGAGCGAAGACCCAAAGGAGAGAGAAAGCAAAGACAGAGACAGAGAUUGCAACCAGACUAGAGCAUCCCAAGGAUAUACACUGCCGAUCCCAGAGAUAUAAGAUGCACACUGGAGCCGCGAAUGGAGGACCGCGGGUCAGCUUCAAUCGGGAUGUGCACGUGAAGCGGAUAGGCAAGCAUCCCAGCGAGUACGAUUCGGGUGGCCAGCCGAGCUACCACCAGCUGCCCAAGGACAUCGAUCCCGAGGACAUCCGCAAGGAGGCUGCCCUGGUGAUCGCCCAGGCGGGAAGGCAUCACAGCAAGGCCGAGAACGGCGAUCACAUUCCCAAUUUCCGCCAGAAGCAAAAGCGACCGAGUCAUCCCGGUGACUUCAACUCACUGCCCACGCGACGCAAGAAGGGCAAACCUGUGGCAAGGAGUGCCAGUGACGCCGCCACCAAGAAGCCAGCAAGCAAACGACCCUCGAUCUUCGGACUCUUCAGCCGGAAGAGCGACUCGAAUGUCAGCCAGCUGGACAGGGAUCCGCGAUUCGAGGACGGCGGCGCGAGGCGUUUAGUGCGCAGCAAGAGUGAUGUGGGCAGCAGCAAGCUAGCCAGGAAAGCGGAGCCAGCCAGCCAACAGCAGUCCAAGCAGCAGCUGAGUCCCAUCAUCGAGCAGGCGCAGCGGGAGGACUUCUUCGAGAAGGACUACUUCCGGGAGCGAGAGCGCCGCAAGUCAGACGCCGUUACACUGCGCGAAAAGGAUGAGAGCGUUCGCGGCCUGAGUGAACUGCUCGCUCGCAGUCGCUCCCAGGCGGAGCUAGACGGGCCGCUCCUCUCCGCGGGCGGCAAACCCAUCUCGGCGGGCAUCCGCGACAGGAUCGAAACGCUGCAGGCCAAGUCCGGCGAGAAUAUGCACAGCUCCCAGCAGCCGGCGGAGCGACUUCCGCUCACCAAGGGACGAACCGUCGACGGGCUGGUCAAGAGGCUCUCCAUGGAGCGCUUCUCCCCGCAGCCGGCGAUCAGCCAGCCGGCCUUCUCGUACAUCAGGCCCAACGAGGGCAUCACCUAUGCCCAGCUGGACCUGGGCGAGGACCCAAUCCGUCGCUCUCCUCUGGACAGGGAUGUGCGCACCCCCCAACGGGAGUUUGCUCCGGCCAGACCUCCAAGAGCCAGUGACGUGAGACCGAGCUACUCGCCCACUUCCAAUGGAGUGCCCCUGGGCAACAGACCCAGUCACUCGCCUUCGCCCUGGCAGCAGUUGAGUCCUCGCAAUCUGAGCGACGAGGACGAGGGCUUGGGCUACGAGCCCAGGAAGGUUUACUACGAGGAGGAGUUCUCCCGCCGAGCGGAACCUCCCAUUGUGCCGGUGAUCAGGAGCGUGAGUCCAUCCCCAUACCUGGAUGAAUUGGGAUACAGGCGAGCUCAACUGGAGACGCGCAUCCUCACGCGGCGAUUCGGAGAAGGAGCCACCCUGGAACGCGGAGUUACCCUGGAGCGGGGAGCCGCCCUGGAGCGCAACCGGGAGGUGGGCAGACCCACUCCCGAAAGGGAACCAGAGCGCUUCCAUCGCCCCGUGCGCCAGGAGCUCUCCAACGAGUAUCCGGUGGAGCGGAACCAGGUGGACAGUGGCUCCACGCUGCCCAGAAUGGAGAAGACCUCCCGCUACCGGCACACCAAGUACUUCGACGACGGACACGGUGGAGUCAAGGAGACCUACGUGAGAGAGACCCAGCGGGAUGGUCAGGUGCGGGAGUCGCGGCAUCGCGAACGCAUCGGAGAGCGGGAGAGGGACUUCAAUUCAGCAGAUCGCUUGGAGCAGGAGCCCAAGAGCCUGGACUCCCAGCUGACGGAUCAGUACCGAUCCUCGCCAGAGCUGCGCGCCCAGCAGUCGCAUCAAAGGGAGCAGAGGGAGGACUACUGGCAGAGCAGCCUCAAGCGGGACAAAUUGCAGCAGCGAAGCUUCGACAAGGGCGACUCCGGAAUAGAGAACGACUUCCGCAAGGAGUCCUUCAACGGAGACUUGACCACAAGAUGGCGCAAACGCACGGUCCUCGACGACAUGAGGGCCUGCGAGUCGUUCCUGCGCAAGGAGCGAAGGGACAGCGCCCAGCAGAAACAGUUGCAGCGACAGGCGGUUCCGUCGCGCCUGCGCAGGGAGCACAGCUACGUUUACAGGGAACGAUCCAUCGAUGAUGGGUCCCACUUCGAUCCGCAUCUGGACAAGUACCCGGUGGCCACCAGCACGUUGCGUCGCCGGGAGCAGCACUCGCAGUCGCACUCCCAAUCGCAGACCCAGAAGAACGAGGACUCCAGCACUCUGAAGCGGAACAAGAAGCUGGGGGGCUUCGAGAAGGUGAAGCAGCUGUUCACCGGAGGCACCGCCGGAAGUGGCAGCAACGGGGGCAGUGGUCGCAGCAGUGGCAGCAACGUUUCCAGUGGCAAGAAGGAGCGGAUGAGCAACGGGAACAGCAGCACAUUGAGUCGCCGCGACAAGGAUAAGGAUAAGGAUAAGGAGCGGGAGAAGGAGAGGGAGAGGGAGAGGGAGCGGGAGCGAUACAUGGUCAGAGAGGAGGAGAUGCGGUCAAGGUACCGCGAGCACCACACCUCAGCCCAGGAGACCUCACGCGAACCAAAGACUAUCGAUAUCUCGAUGCGACGCCGGCUGUCCACGCCCAAAGCUAGUCCCCUGCUGUUGAAGAGAAGUCCAGCGGAUAAGCCGCCCAAAAAGACGCCAAAGGCGAAGGAGUCGCCGCUCGCGAAGGUCGAGAAGACGAGCUGGUUCAGAUCGCUGGACCGGCGGGCCAAGAGCAGUCCCAAGGAGCUCAAUGUAUCCGUCAAUGGACACAGUGAGACCACUUCGAGCCUGAAGCGCACCAAACGCAAUGCGACUGCUGCUCCGGCCAAGAAUUUGCGAUUCUUUGGCGACACAGAUCUGGACUCUAAUCCGCCGACCAUUUCCAAGGCCACUAGUAUGCCCAGGAGUCGUCCAUCGCUGGGUCAAUCGAAGCACUCCCAAAGUGCCUACCAUUUGGACCGGAGUCCUCCGCCUCCAGCUCGUGACUACCGGCACACGCUGGCUGGCCAGGCUCAAGUCCAGAACCAGAGCUCCAGCAGUCGGCAGCGGGCCAGCUCCAUGCAGCACCUGGACAACGGAAGCGACGAGGUGGACUUCCGGAAGAGGCGCCACUACUCCCGCUCGCGGGAACUGCACGACAUCUCGGAGAGCGGCUCGGAACCGGAGCCGGCGGAGCGCCACAAGCGGAGCACCACGGCGGGUCAGCGAGCCAUGUCGCUGGAGAGGACUUUGGACGCACCACGUGGCCAGCGGAUGGAGGAUCGUCCGCUGAUGGGACCACCAAAGCCGGCUAGAAGUGCCGAACGCCGUGGAUUGCUGAACAGCUUGGGCCAGGAGAAUGUGGGCUACGGCAGGGAUCGCUAUCCGGCGGAGAGUUCCGGCACCGAGGGCGAGUCCAGUCUGCACAGCCAGCGCAGCGUGGUCUAUCUACAUGCCACCACGGUGGGCGACAUCCCACAGCCAUACAAUCUGCGCCGGCGGUCGAUGUCGCGCGAUGACCUUCGCAAGGGCAAGCAGCAGGCGCCCCAGCAGCCGCCGCCUCUGCAGCCCAUGACCCGCACCGUCUCGAGGUCCGUCUCCAUGUUGGCCCCCUGGAAGCCCAAGCACAUCAGCGAGGGCUACGAGAUCAACUACUCCCAGGAGCAGAACAAGCGGAUGUCCACCCUGCCGCGAAAGCCGCCUCCGCACAAUGGAGCCACCAGUGCCAGCACAUUGGGUCGACCAGGUCGCAAGAACGAGAGUUCCACGUCGACGAGACGCUACCACAUGGACAACCUGGAGCGCCCGCCUCCUCCGCGGUCGGUGCUCUCCGCAUCGAAUUUACGCAGCGCCAGGACGAAGUGAGAGGACGAGACAGGACGACGCCUCCACCCGGUGCUCCAACGUGGAGGUUGCGAACCCAACCACACCUAGUUGCUAGUUGUAAUCAUUAAUGCGAAACUCGAAACGUAAUUCUAAUCAAUUCAAUCGAUGGAGGAGGAUUGGCAUCCCGCUGAGAUGCGAUGUCCUCGCUUAGUGCGUAGGAUUCUUUAACCUUUGUUGCAAUUCUCGUCAUAUUUUAAAUGUGAAAUGUAUUCGUACUCCAGUAAUAAUUAUAAAUUAAUAAAAUAUCAGACUUUAACUUA